CACCAACACGCAGGCAGCGCCACCUUUCCCCCACCCCGACCAACACGCUCAGCCUUCCGUUGGCGAGAUUUGCGCAGCCGAGACCGGAGCCGGUGUCUGCGCUCUGCGGGGCCGGGCGCGCGUCGUCUGGGAGGAGUAGCGAGAAGGAGGAUGGAGGCAUUUUUCACAGAGGGGGCCCGUGUGUGGGUCAAAGAGAAGGAGCAGCUGGUUCCCGCCACCGUCAACUCCUGUGGGGAUGGACCGCUUGUCGUCACAACCGACUACGGAGAGGUGUUGUACCUGCAGCAGGCCGAGGUCACCAGGGAGCGGGUGUACGCCAUGCAGCAGUCCAGCAUCGACGGGGUGGAGGACAUGUCGGCGCUGGCGGAGCUGCACGAGGCCGCCAUCAUGCACAACCUGUACCAGCGCUACCAGAAAGAUAACAUCUAUACCAACAUCGGCAGCAUCCUGGCAGCCGUCAACCCCUACAAGCAGAUCUCGGGUAUGUACGAUCCAGAGAAGGUGGACCAGUACUCCAAGCACCAUAUCGGGGAGCUGCCGCCGCAUAUCUUUGCCGUGGCCAAUGAAUGCUACCGCUGCAUCUGGAAGCGCCAUGACAGUCAAUGCGUCCUCAUCAGUGGUGAAUCAGGGGCAGGAAAAACGGAGAGCACCAAACUGUUGCUCCAGUUCCUGUCGGUGAUGAGCCAAAAAUCAACCGGGACGCCUCCAUCGGAGAAAAGUACCCGAGUGGAGCAGGCCAUCGUUCAGAGCAGUCCGAUCAUGGAAGCGUUCGGUAACGCCAAGACUGUUUACAACAACAACUCCAGUCGCUUUGGGAAAUUCAUCCAACUUCACUUCUCUGAGGGCGGCAACAUCCAGGGAGGCUGCGUCAUCGACUAUUUACUGGAAAAGAACCGGGUGGUGCGACAAAACCCUGGAGAACGAAACUACCACAUUUUCUACGCUCUGCUGGCAGGAGCUAACAAAGAAGAUAAAGGCCUCUACUUCCUGGAGGACCCUGCCGAAUCGUUCCACUACCUCAGCCAAUCGGGAUGUCUGAAGGACAAGAGCCUGAAUGACAAAGAACUGUACAACAGCGUCAUGGAGGCGCUGAAGGUGCUGGAGUUCGGCGAGGAGGAGAUCAGAGACAUGUUCAAGCUGCUGUCAGGAGUCUUACAGCUGGGAAACAUCGAGUUCAUGACUGCAGGAGGAGCCCAGAUCACAACCACGCAAGUGGUCUCGGACGCCAGCGAGCUGCUGGGCCUGGACGCCUUCCAGCUGUCUGAAGUGCUGACUCAGCGCUCCAUCAUCCUCAGAGGAGAAGAAAUCUGCUCGCCACUCACGAUAGAGCAGGCCGUUGAUUCCCGGGAUUCGGUCGCCAUGGCGUUAUAUUCCCAAUGUUUCUCCUGGAUCAUUCUCAAGAUCAAUCAGAAGAUCAAAGGGAAGGAAAACUUUAAAUCCAUCAGCAUCCUCGACAUCUUCGGCUUUGAGAACUUUGAGGUGAAUCGGUUUGAGCAGUUUAACAUCAACUACGCCAACGAGAAACUGCAGGAGUACUUCAACAAGCACAUCUUCUCCCUGGAGCAGCUCGAGUACAACAGGGAAGGUGUCCAGUGGGACGCAAUCGACUGGAUGGACAAUGCUGAGUGUCUCGACCUCAUAGAGAAGAAACUGGGCUUGUUGGCGCUUGUGAACGAAGAGAGUCGAUUCCCCAAAGGGACAGACGUCACGCUGCUGGAGAAGUUGCACAGCAGACACUCGACGAACCCGUACUACGUCAAGCCCAGACUCGCCGAUCAUCAGUUUGGAAUCAAACAUUAUGCCGGCGAGGUCCUGUAUGACGUCAAAGGGAUCCUGGAGAAGAACAGAGACACCUUCAGAGACGACAUCCUCAACAUGCUCAAGGACAGCAGACUCGACUUCAUCUACGACUUGUUUGAGAAAGUCGGCAGCAGGAACAACGAGGAGAAGAUGGGCACGGCCAGACGCAAACCCACCGUGAGCUCCCAGUUCAGGGACUCCCUCCAUUCCCUCAUGGCCACCCUGAGCGUGUCCAACCCUUUCUUCAUCCGCUGCAUCAAGCCCAACAUGAAAAAGAAUCCGAGUGUGUUUGACCCAGAAGUCGUCCUGAACCAGCUGAGGUAUUCUGGGAUGUUGGAGACUGUGAAGAUCCGUCGCGCUGGGUUCCCCGUCCGCAGAACCUUUAAAGAUUUCUCCUCUCGGUAUAAAAUCAUUGCGAAAGAGACAUCAUCAUCAUCAUCAUCAUCAUCAUCAUCAUCAUCAGCAGGAGAUGAUAAGAAGAGAUGCACAGACCUUCUCCUCAAAUAUGACAAGACCAAGAAAGAGUGGCAGUUGGGCAAAACCAAGGUGUUCAUGAAAGAGUAUCUCGAGCACCGUUUAGAGAAAGACAGAGAUGACGUCCGAUCCAAAGCUGCCAUGAUAAUCCGAGCCCACCUCCUCACUUUCUCUGCCAAGAAGCACUUCCACCGCGUGCGCGCCAGCGUCGUCGCCCUCCAGAAGCACUUCAGGAAGCACUUGCAGCGCAGGCGCUUCGUGAAGCAGCGUCAGGCCGCGCUGGUGCUGCAGAGGCACCGGCGGGGGCAGGUGGCGCGCACGCGAGUCCGAAAACUCAGGGGGGAAAAGCAGAAGAGGGAGGAAGAAGAGAAGAAGCAAGAGGAGAAGGAGCAGAAGACGGCGGGCGAAGGAGCGGAGAAGGCGGAUGAAAGUGCUUCUACUCCAGGAGAGGCCCAGCAGAUGGAGGAGAUCCUGCAGCUGGAGCGAGAGAUCGAGCGGCUGCAGAAGAAGAGGGAGGACGAGGUGUCCCAGCUGUGCGAGUCCUCCAAGCAGGAGCUGCAGCUGCGGCGAGACGCCGAGCUGGAGCGGCUGAAGAAGGAGGCGUCGCGCAAAGCCACGGAGCUCAUCGACCUGAACUUCGGGGGCGUGGACGCCUCCCCGGGAGUGGCCGCCGCCGCCGCCGAGGCUCGAGCGCCGAAAGCGGCGAGCGCCACCGGGGGAGCGUCGAAGGAGGAGGAGGUGGACGAGGGGUUCCACGCCGAGGAGGAGUGCAUCCCGCUGCCCGACUUCCCUCCUCCCGCCGAGACGGACGCUCCCGUCGACCAGGACGUCUUCGCUCACCUCCCUCCUCCUCCGCCUGCUUUUGCCGAGGGCACGGUGCCUCCUGCUCCGCCUCCCCACGCUGACGGCGCGGCUGUUGCCGGAACUCCUCCCCCUGGAGACGGCUCCCUUGUGCCUCCUCCUCCUCCUCCCCCAGGAGAGGGGGAGAAGAAAGACGGAGCCAAGGCAGACGGCGAGAGGAAGGUGAGCGUGGUGGAGAGCCUCGGGGACGGGGAGGAGCCCAUCUACAGCAUGCCGGCCGACACCGAGUCCGACUACGACCAGGAGGACGAGGAGGGGUCCGGCUCCGCGUCGGGGAGCAACCGGGGGAGCGCCGCGGCGACCGAUGAAGAGCACCCGAGGAAGUCCACCUGCACCAACACCAGCGUCGAGUCCUACAGAGGCAGCUCCGACUCUUAUGCAGACAGUGACGACGAACACGACGGCAUGAUGGACACCGAUGAAGAAGUGACGAAUGGCAGAGUGACCCUGCUCAAUGGGAACGGACCCCCUUAUUUCCAUGGCUACCUCUACAUGAAGGCCGGUCUGAUGAUCCCGUGGAGGAGGCGCUGGUGUGUGCUGAAGGAUGAAACCUUCAUGUGGUUCCGGUCCAAACAAGAGUCUCUCAAGUCCGGCUGGCUCCACAAGAAGGGCGGAGGCCUCUCCACCCUCUCCCGGAGGUUGAACUGGAAGAUGCGCUGGUUUGUACUGAGGGACAGCAAACUGAUGUACUACGAGAACGACAGCGAGGAGAAGCUGAAGGGAACCAUCGACAUCCGAGCUGCCAAGGAGAUCGUGAAUAAUCACGAAAAGGAGAACGCUCUGAACCUCGUGACGGACGAGAGGACCUAUCAGGUGUUUGCUGAGUCACCAGAGGACGCAAGCGGCUGGUUUAAUGUGCUCAGUAAAGUGCGAGUGUGCACUCCUGAGCAGCUGAUGGAGAUGUCCCACGAACAGGCCAACCCAAAGAACGCCGUGGGAACUCUCGACGUGGGGCUGAUCGACUCCGUUUGUGCUUCAGACAACCCCGAUCGGCCCAACUCUUUUGUCAUCAUUACGGCCAACCGUGUGAUCCACUGCAACAGCGACACGCCGGAGGAGAUGCAUCACUGGAUCAGUCUGCUGCAGAAACCCAAAGGAGACGCCCGGAUAGACGGACAGGAGUUCCUCGUCAGAGGCUGGCUUCAAAAGGAGAUGAAGACGAAUGCGAAGAGCACCUCCCUGAAACUGAAGAAGCGUUGGUUUGUUUUGACCCACAACUCCCUGGAUUACUACAAGAGCUCCGAGCGAAGCUCCUCCAAGAUGGGAACGCUGGUCCUUAACUCCCUCUGCGCUGUCAUUCAGCCGGAUGAGCGAGUGCACAGGGAGACAGGUUACUGGAACAUCAUUGUGUACGGGAGGAAGCACUCCUACCGCCUCUACACCAAGAUGCUGAACGAGGCCAUGAGGUGGACCGCUGCCAUACAGGGAGUCAUAGACAGCAAGACCCCCAUAGAGACCCCGACUCUGCAGCUCAUCAGAGACAUCAAGGAGAACAGUGUGAACCCAGACAUCGUGGAGCAGAUGUACAGGAGGAACCCCAUCCUCAGAUACACUCAGCAUCCUCUGCACUCCCCUCUGCUGCCGCUCCCUUACGGAGAGGUACCCAGCCUUCAACGGCAGCAGGGCUAUGCCAGCCUGCAGGAUGAGGCGGUGCGGGUCUUCAACUCGCUGCAGGAGAUGGAGACGCUGGCAGACACGGUGCCCAUCAUUCAGGGCAUCCUGCAGACCUGCCAGGACCUGCGCCCUCUCAGGGAUGAGGUAUAUUGUCAGGUGAUCAAGCAGACCAAUCACGUGCCUCAGCCCAACAGCCCAGCCAAUCGGGCACACUGGCAUCUUCUCACCUGCAUGAGCUGCACCUUCCUGCCCAGUCGAGUCAUCCUCAGAUACCUCCGCUUCCACCUCAAGAGGGUGCGAGAGCGUUAUCCCGGCACGGAGAUCGAGCGUUACACCAGCUUCGUCGGGGAAUCCCUGAAGAAGACCAAGGCUCGUGAGUUUGUUCCCUCUCAGGAGGAGAUCGCCGCCCUGCUGGCGAGACAGGAGAUGAGCACCACCGUCUAUUGCCACGGAGGAGGCUCCUGCAAGAUCUCCAUCAACUCGCACACCACGGCUGGAGAGGUUGUGGAGAAGCUGAUCCGAGGUCUGGCGAUGGAGGAGAGCAAGAACCUGUUUUCUCUGUUUGAGCACAACGCCUGCACAGACCGAGCUUUGGAGAGCAGAGUGAUCGUGGCCGAUGUUCUGGCUAAGUUUGAGAGGUUGGCAGGUAGUGAAGAAGAGGAGGAGGAAGGAGAAUGGAAACUCUACUUCAAGCUCUACUGCUUCUUGGACAUAGAGAGCAUGCCAGAAGAAGGAGUGGAGUUUGCUUUCAUGUUUGAGCAGGCUCAUGAGGUUUUGAUAAGCGGCCACUUCCCGGGCUCAGAGGAGACGUUGCAGCACCUGGCCGCUUUACGCCUGCAGUACCUCCACGUCGACGGGGCGGGGAGGGCCGGCUGGAGCCUGGGGAACGUUUAUCCCAUCGGACGUCUCCGCAAUCGCAUCGUCCACUCCACCAAGCCGGGCCUUGGGGCAGCAGGUGGGGCCGGAGGAGCUGGAGGAGGAGCAGGAGAUGGGAAAGGAAUCGCAGGACUACAGGGAGGUGUCGGGGCCGGGGUCGAGAAACGAAGGACCCCGAGCUUCCUGGACGGCACCCUGAGGAGGAGCUUCAAGACCGGGUCCCUGAAGAAGCAGAAGGUGGAGGAGGAGCAGAUGCUGGAGAUGUGGGUGAAGGAGGAGACGUCGGCCACACGGACCAGUGUUCUGGAGAAGUGGACCCGGCUGCAGGGCACGCCUCAGCAUCAGGCCAUGCUCAAAUACAUGAGCGUCGUCAAGGAGUGGCCUGGAUACGGAUCCACUCUGUUUGAUGUGGAGUGUAAAGAAGGCGGCUUCCCUCACGACCUGUGGCUGAGCGUGAGCGCUGACAACGUGUCCGUGUACAAGCGCGGGGAGCCGAAGCCGCUGGAGACCUUCCAGUACGAACACAUCACCUUCUUCGGGGCGUCGCAGCCGUGCACCUACAAGGUGAUCGUGGACGAGAGGGAGAUGUUCUUCGAGACGCCGCUUGUCGGGGAGAUCACCAAAAUCAUGAGGGCCUACAUCAACAUGGUGGUAAAGAAGCGCUGCAGCAUCAUGUCGGUGACCAGCAUAACCAGUUCCUGGGUCAGGUGAUCGGUCCGAGCCCUCGGUUCAUCCCGGGGCGGCCGGCGCCUCGAGACGCAUCGGUUGGUAGUUUUGUGAUGGAGGCAGUCGCACCGGCAGCUGUUCCUCAGAGAAGAGCGAUGGACGAGAUGGAGGCGGACUCUGAAGAAAAAAUGCACACUCUACUGGGCCUGGGUCUCACCCGUGAUGAGGGGAGAGGGAUCUUUUUACACGCAUGACAAUGAGAAGAACCUGUGUUCCGGGACGGCCUCUUCAAAUUCAUCACCUGCCAGUUGUAGUCCUGCAUGUCGAUGUUCAAGCACACGCCGAACUCCUCUCCGCUUCCCUUUCUGGACGAAACUCACAAGCACAACUCAGCCGUCCGAUCCCAGUCCGUCCCAAGUGCCCCCCACCCUCCCUCAGUGCACUGCCAAGCCACACUUUCUCAGUUAAAUCUCUUUCUUUCUCACUCCUCCAAUUUCCAGAGUCUCUCUCUUUCCCGUCGCGUGUCCUCGCUCCUGUUGCACCUUUUGUUUGCCGUCGGUAUCGAGUCGUUAUGCUAGAUUCUUGCUUUCUCUCUGUCGUUUUCUCUUUCUCUCUCUGUCGUUCAUCAGCGGUGUCACAUCUGUUCAUGACUGAGAAAAAGGACUCAGUGGUGGUUCUUCUAAAGGGGAAACUGAGCUCGGUGUUCACUCGUCAGCGCCACCGUGUGGCCACAAGGAGAAAACCAAGCCAAAGGAAACGGCGUUUACAUAUUUCUGAACAAUAUCAAAUAGAUAUUCUUGAGGGAAAAAACAGUAGAGGUUUUGCUUUGGAGGCUCUGCGGUCACGUUUAACUCGACAAAGAGAGCAAUAUCAACCAUAUAGUAUGAGUCCAAACAUGUCCCUAUCUAUGUAUACAUUUAACACACACUACAUAUAUCUACUGUAUAUUCACACACAUGUACACAUAAACUGAACCAACAUGCAUUGUUUUAUACUGUAUAUCACGCAUUAUAAGAGUUAUUAUUGAAUCUUUCAGUGGCCACUCCACUGUACAGUAUAUAGAUGCCAUACUAAAUGCAAUGUGACACCUCUCGUGUAAAAUACAUGCAAGUGAAUGGUGUGAAUAAUGACCACUGUAUUUCUGAAUAUGAUGACAACACUGUUCAUCAUUCACUGGCUGUGCCAUUAAUGUGACUCAGAGAAUUUAAUAGUAAAAAACACAGACUAUAUUGAGACGGGCUGCUGUGGUGGUCAUGUUUCCAGUGUUUUAAUGAGUUUAUCAUUGUUGUUACCUGUGGGACUCACUCUGCGGCAGUAAUUGGAGCCAUAUACAAUAUUGUAUAUAUCUUGUGUGCUCAUGCUAUUCACUUUAUUUCUUUAUUAAGAUCAGUGACUUGAAAAACAAUGCAUAAGAGCGCCAGUGUGUCUGUGUUUCCAAUUUGUUUCUGAACAUAUGACUUUUAUUACUAAUACUACUAGUAUUACUGUACUGUAUGUCCUCUGCUAUCUUAACCACCCUGAAGUGCUGUGUCUGGAAUGCUGCUGCUGUGUGUGUGUGUGUGUAUGUGUGAGAGAGAGAGAGAGAGAGAGAGUGUAUUUAUGGUGUAACAGUUGAAAAGUGAAAAGAGAAGUGUUUGUAAUGAGUGUAUUCCUUGGAAAUAAGACGUAUUUACAUGACUAACCUUUGCAAAGAAUGGUGUCGUGAUUGUGAGUUAAAUGGAAAAGCAUGGGAUUAUUAGGGCUAGGCGUUAUUUCAUUCUUCUUGUACUGUAUGUAUUGCAAGAUGUGUUUGGGAGGAUAAUGUGUACAAAAAAAUUCGAAUUUUUUUCAGUGUAAGAGGAACAGAUAAGACACUGUGAGGAUAUGGGCUCAGAGGUGGUUCUAAUUGUGCACUGAGAAUGCUGACAGUCAUGUGUGUGUGUGUGUGUGUGUGUGUGUGUGUGUGUGUGUGUGUGUAUGUGUAUAUUUUUGGACUGAAAGUGAAGUCAGUUAUUUCAUCAGACACACCGCAGAGAGACAGCAGCAUCGUGAUAACACAUCUUUGUAAACAAAGUGUUGAAGCAAAUAUUAAAACUGGAUUACCAUUAAGUAAAGAAAACUCUAAUAUCCAGAGGUGGUUCAACUUAUUAUCUCAUUUGUUUUUAGGGAAGGUUCCCGAAACUAGUUUUUGUUGUCAAUAUUUAGUUAUGGCCUGCUAGAUUCUCAUGUAAAGUUGGACUCAAACUCCCUUUCCACAAGAACACCAAGGACAUGACCUCAGAGUCAUCAACGGUAUCUUCGGCCCUGGCUGCAUGUCCCGCUGGGAUCCUGCCUCGAGUUAGAAUAAGCAGAACUCUCUGACAGGUUCCUUUUUUAACUUGAGGUUAUUUUAGUUUGGGCUAAAAUGAGAAGAAAACCAGAGAACCCACAAGCCAUAAUUCAGGAGGAACCUGUCUGCUCAGUUAUUUUACAUCUAUGGUUCUGUCUGUCACUGAUAUUGCACUGAGGAGGAAGAAGUUUCCCCGUGAUGCUGAAAUGUGAUCAGCAUCCACAAUAAAUUGAAGUUCAAUUUUCUGAUCGCAAAUCUGUUUCCAAGGGCAACUUCAUCACAGCGGGUCCUGUUAUCAGCCGCAGGCGGCGAGGUGGGGCUCCGUUCCUUUCUCACGUUAUGCUUAUUAUCAUCAUUUACAUAUUAAACAUUGUGCUGGUUAUGAAAAAAAAGAAAAGAGAAAGAGAGAGAGAUACGUGUGUUAUUCUUUUUUCAUUUGUAACUGGCUUUACAAAAUUAUGCUUUAAUAAAUUAUUGGAAUUAUUGUCCUCUA